UAGGGGCGGGCCGAGAGAGCGCAAGCCCACUGCGUUGCUAGUCUUGGGACCCCUUUCCAAGAGACUAUGGCGCUCAACAAGAAUCACUCGGAGGGCGGCGGAGUGAUCGUCAACAACACCGAGAGCAGCAAAAAGGGAGGCUCCAAGCCCAUGUCUGGUGGUUCAGGUGGCAUCUUCGGUCACUGGAGCUGUGGGUGUGAAACUGAUGGUUCUGCAAGCGCGGGUGUGCGACCUGCUGCCUGGGCAGUCAUCUUUCUGUCCAAGGGGAAGGAUGCCAUGCGGUCCUUCAUGAUGCCCUUUUAUCUGAUGAAGGACUGUGAGAUCAAGCAGCCCGUGUUUGGUGCAAACUACAUCAAGGGGACAGUGAAGGCUGAGGCAGGAGGUGGCUGGGAAGGCUCUGCUUCAUACAAGCUGACCUUCACGGCAGGGGGCGCCAUCGAGUUCGGACAGCGGAUGCUGCAGGUGGCGUCGCAAGCCUCCCGAGGCGAAAUGGUAGAAGCAAGGAAUGCUGUGGGAGGGAGGCAGGAGGAGGGCAUGGAUCUCCUUUCUGACUGUUCCCCGUCUCCCAGCUGGUGCCCCUGGGUGAGCUGA